AUGAUAGCAGAAAACGAGGAAAAUGGAAAAGUAAGGGAAGGCAGACGUGCGAAAGCUUCGCCAACGGGUCAGAGGUCAGUGGGAAUGAGUGGUGAGCGCGAUGAUGGAUACGGUGCGAGGUCUUCAUUGAAGAUUCUUCAGGGAAUUGAUGAGAGACGCCGACCUCGAGAUCAACCGACCGAGAAGCGGCGAAUGCAUAAGCGAGCUUCGAUGCCUGCUUGCAACUUUCGAUGA